AUGGCUAAGCUCGGCGUCGGAUACGAAGUUGAGAUUGAGGAAUACACCUGGGAACUUGGGACUGGUUUGGACUCCAAGCGCCACUCGCUCAAAUGGUCGGAACAAGAUUCGGAAGGUAACGGAAAGUCGUGGUCGCUCUCGAAUUUCAUCUUACCACCCGACCAUCGCUUCUCUUACACAGCGGAGAAGAGAUAUCUUUACUACACGCCUGGCGGGAUCGACAUACGCAAUCAACUUGGAGUAAGCAUGGGUAGACGUACACCGACAGCCACCGGGAAGGCCAAGCUGGAGACACUCCCAAUCGCAAGUCUCAGCAUCACCCUGGGAUCGAACUUCGUGUCCGAAUUGUUCUUUUAUCAUUGGGAGAAGAUCACUGGACGCAAACUCUCGGAUGUCCUCCUUCCCGGAUGGCUCGGCGGUUUUCGUUUCUCCCCGGACAGUAGGUACAUUGCAGCGUCGUUCUUCGCUCAAUCUGAGACCCAGCGCGCACUACCUUUCCCUUCGAAGGACUUAGGCCCAGACUCGAUCGCCCGCUAUGUCGCCAAAGUCCGGAAAGACUACUUGCCCGCCAACGUCGGGGACUUGCUGUGGCUGAUCGAUCGGUUCUUGAAGUGGACGUUUCCUCACGGUGACUACAAGCUCGACUUUAUUCCGCUUUCCUGCGAUCAUCCCGACUCAAUUUACCAACUCAUCAAAAAUAUUGGCGAAGAGGGAAGAUACAGACACCACCCUCACUUCCGAACCUUCAUCGCUUUCUCCAAGAUGAGUGACAUGGGCUCGGAUGAGCGCGCUGUCCCGAACAACGCUCUGGUUCUAGCCGCGGAAAUCCUUGCAGGGCAAUACACGAAGAAGCGCAAGAGGGCAGAAUUUCGCUUCAACGGCGGGGUAGUAUCCGAAACCAGGAGCGUACUCAUGCUGAGUGAUGACUGGCCUUCGUACACUGUGUGUCAAGAGGACCCAGAAGAGCUCAAACAGGACAUUGUACUUAUUUCGGACUUGACGGACGAUGAGGGUUGCAAUGGCGAAGAGGACGAUAAUGUUGAUGGAAAGGAUGAUAAGAGGAAGUGA